AUGGCCUUCCUCCGCGGAUAUGCAGUCGAGUCUUGGCGCUCGGCCAGCAUCCAUGUCAGCAUCUCUACCCCAACACGACUGAUCAGCAUGAUGGAGCCUUCGACCAAGCCGACCCACCCUCCCAAGGACGAUCCGAUCUCGGUCGAGGAUCUCAAGCAGUUCGACGGCACCGACGAGUCCAAGCCGGUCUACGUCGCUGUCAAGGGCACGGUUUUCGACGUUUCUCCCAAGCGCGAGAUGUACGCACCUGGUAAGGGCUACAACGUAUUUGCGGGCAAGGAUGGCUCGCGCGGACUCGGCAUGUCGUCACUCAAGCCCGAGGAUGCGGUGCCAGACUACAGUACGCUCGACGACAAGCAGCUCAAGGUGCUCGAUGACUGGGUAUGUACAGCUUCACCACGCUACUUACGACUGCGACGCGCUGACGGCAUCUUUCCCUCGACUCGUGCGCAUCAGCACACGUACUACACCAAGCGAUACAACAUUGUAGGCAAGGUCGCACAGUAA